AUGAGUCACUGCAGCAGCCGCGCCCUGACCCUGCUGAGCAGCGUGUUCGGCGCGUGCGGCCUGCUGCUCGUGGGCAUCGCGGUCAGCACUGACUAUUGGCUGUACAUGGAGGAGGGAACGGUGCUGCCGCAGAACCAGACCACGGAGGUCAAGAUGGCGCUGCAUGCUGGCCUCUGGCGCGUCUGCUUCUUCGCAGGCCGAGAGAAGGGUCGGUGCGUGGCCUCGGAAUAUUUCCUUGAACCGGAGAUCAACCUGGUGACGGAAAACACAGAGAACAUUCUGAAGACAGUGCGCACAGCCACCCCCUUCCCCAUGGUCAGUCUCUUCCUGGUGUUCACGGCCUUCGUCAUCAGCAACAUUGGCCACAUCCGCCCGCAGAGGACAAUUCUGGCCUUCGUUUCUGGCAUCUUCUUCAUCCUAUCGGGCCUCUCCUUGGUGGUGGGCUUGGUUCUUUACAUUUCCAGCAUCAAUGACGAGGUCAUGAACAGGCCCAGCAGCUCUGAGCAGUAUUUUCACUAUCGCUACGGGUGGUCUUUUGCCUUCGCUGCUUCCUCCUUCUUACUCAAAGAGGGGGCUGGCGUGAUGUCCGUGUACUUGUUCACCAAGCGGUACGCGGAGGAGGAGAUGUAUCGUCCGCACCCGGCCUUCUACCGCCCGCGUCUCAGCGACUGCUCCGACUACUCGGGCCAGUUCCUGCAGCCCGAGGCCUGGCGCCGCGGCCGCAGCCCCUCGGACAUCUCCAGCGAUGUAUCCAUCCAGAUGACGCAGAACUACCCUCCCGCCAUCAAGUACCCGGACCACCUGCACAUCUCCACCUCGCCUUGCUGA